AUGGAUCCCACGGUGGUGCUGGUGCUUUGUCUCUCUCUCUUGCUUCUCUUUUCAUUCUGGAAACAGAGCCAUGGGCGAGGGAACCUCCCGCCUGGUCCCACUCCUCUUCCAAUUCUUGGCAAUAUCCUACAGCUAGGUUUUAAGGACAUGAGCAAGUCUCUAACCAAACUGUCAGAAGUCUAUGGCCCUGUGUUCACUGUGUAUUUGGGCAUGAAGCCCACUGUGGUGUUGCACGGUUAUGAAGCAGUGAAGGAAGCACUAAUUGACCUUGGAGAGGAGUUUUCUGAAAGAAAUACUCCGCCAAUAUUGGAGAAAGUAAAUAAAGGAUUAGGACUCGUUUUCAGCAAUGGAAAUACAUGGAAGGAGCUCCGGCACUUCUCGCUCAUGACCCUGCGGAAUUUUGGGAUGGGGAAGAGGAGCAUAGAGGAGCUUGUUCAGGAGGAGGCCCGCUGCCUUGUGGAGGAGUUGAGGAAAAGCAAUGCCUCACCGUGUGACCCCACCUUUAUUCUGACUGCUGCUCCCUGCAAUGUGAUCUGCUCCGUGAUAUUCCAGAACCGUUUUGAUUAUAAAGACCAGGAAUUGCUUAACUUGAUGGGAAGAUUAAUUGAAAACUCCAGCAUUUUAAAUUCCCUGAGUGUACAGGUCUUCAAUAUAUUCCCCAUUCUUAUGGAUUAUCUUCCUGGGAAUCCGAAAACAAUAAUGAAUAACUCUAAUUUUGUAAAAGAUUUUUGUUUCAAGAAAGUAGGAGAACAUCAAAAAUCUUUGGACAUUAACAACCCUCGGGACUUUAUUGAUUGUUUCCUGAUCAAAAUGGAACAGAAAUCAAGAAUUGAGCCUUAUGAAUUCACUAUUGAGAACCUGUUGGUUACGGUGAUUGAUUUGUUUGGUGCGGGAACGGAGACCAUCAGCAUCACCCUGAGAUAUGGGCUCCUGCUCUUGCUGAAGCAUCCUGAGGUCACAGCUAAAGUGCAGGAGGAGAUUGAGCGUGUGAUUGGCAGACACCGGAGCCCCAGCAUGCAGGACAGGAGCCGCAUGCCCUACACGGACGCUGUAGUACAUGAGAUCCAGAGAUACAUUGACCUCAUCCCUGUUGGUGCACCCCGUGCAACGACUUGCGAUGUUAAAUUCAGGAACUAUCUCAUCCCCAAGGGCACACCAAUAUUUCCAUCACUGACUUCUGUACUGCAUGAUGACAAAGAAUUCCCGAACCCAAAGGAGUUUAACCCUGGCCACUUCCUGGACAAGAGCAGCAAUUUUAAGAAAAGUGACUACUUCGUGCCUUUCUCAGCAGGAAAGCGAGCAUGCAUUGGAGAGUCCCUGGCCCGCAUGGAGCUGUUUUUGUUUCUGACCACCAUCUUACAGAACUUUAGCCUUAAGCCUCAUGUGGAUGCAGAGCACUUUGACACCACUCCACUUGUUAGUGAGGAAGGCCGUGCUCUCCCCUUUUACAAGCUCAGCUUCAUUCCUGUCUAA